UCACAAAAUGCGUUAACUGUUAUCUACACAUCUACAUCGCAAGAGAAAUGUACGAAUCAGUCAUAUAAAAAAGUUAUUCAGUAAAUCGCUUGGACAAAAGCGUCUGCUUUGGCCUGUUAAAUAACAUAUAGAUAAUAAAUGGACAAUAACGAAUGUCACCAAUAACAUCUAUAACUAAUGGUUGCCCUUUUCAUUUUUCUUUCUUCAUAGGUAAAUACAAACUACAAAAAAUACACAAAAGAAGAACAAUGGCUAACUAUGCUACCAACAAAGUGAUUUGGAUCAUCGGGAGUAGCUACAUUCGUCGUGGGGAAGAGAGGGCCAGAGAGACCAUCGGGGCCAAGGUUUACUGGUUUGGCUGGGGUGGACUUCGAUGGCACGGACUCCUUCCUUUCUUCUACCGGUCCCUCAGAGGAAGAGCUGCCCCGGAUGUCCUGCUGAUUCACUGCGGCGGAAACGACUUGGGAUGCAGGAAGAGCAUCGAUCUCGUUGCAGCGAUGAAGCAGGAUCUGCAACAUCUCUAUCGGCGUUUCCCUCAGAUGACCAUUGUGCUGUCUGACAUCACCCAGAGACGUCGGUGGAGAUCAGGCCUUCCGGGGAAAAUUGACAAGUCCCGUAAAUGGGUGAACAGUGUCAUGGCUACCUUUGUCUUGGGAAUGCAGGGGGGUAUUGUGCAUCACCCUCAAAUUGUAUUUAACAAGCCUCAACUGUUUCUAAGAGACGAAGUUCAUUUAUCACCUAGGGGUAAUGAUAUUUUUUUAAAUAAUUUAGCUGAAGGCUUGAGAGUCUUAAUGCAGUAGGGGUGAUGCUGGAUUAAACCUCUCAACAUGUUUUAAACAUGAAACAGUUGAAGUCUGUUAAAUUGUUUUGGGGUUGUGUAUGUGCCUUUUGUCUUUAGUUUAAUACAUGUUCACAUUGGUAGACAUAACACUGUUCAACAGUCACUGCUCUUUUUCCCCCCACCCUU